AUGGCUACUGAACGCGCAGAACUAUUAAGGGGAUUGAAGGCUAGACGCUCUACCUUCAAGGCUCAAAUUACACGAUUUCGUAAUGCUCUCGACGCGUAUACAGACACUAGUAGUUUAGAAGAAUUGAAAUUCAAAACCGAACGGCUCGUAACCUCUUUCGACGCGUACAUCGAAAUUCAAUCGGAAUUAGACGCAAUGGAAAACGUCAUGGAUCACUUAAACGACAGAUGUGACAUCGAGAACAAUUAUUCGUCAGUAAUUGCCAGAUCGCGAACCUUAAUUCUCGAAGGGGAAGCUUCAUCCCCACGCGCUAUGUUGUCAAACACCGAAAACGAUUCAAAAACGCAAUCGAUCCCUCGCAACGAGAACGAAAUUCAGCUGCCCAGAAUACAGCUUCCGACCUUUAGCGGCACAUAUGAAGAUUGGCCUGGAUUCGCCGACCAAUUUAAAGCUACCGUUCACGACAAUAAGCAAUUAACCGACAGUAAGCAACCAACGUAUCUUCGAUCGUGCCUCACCGGAGAGGCAGUGAAAACUAUCGAAACGUUGGGAACCGCGGCGUCGAAUUACGCGAUCGCGUGGUCCAUCCUCGAGUCACGAUACGACAAACCACACAUAAUCAUCAAUCGACACUUAGAUACGUUAUUCGGAAUGCCAAAGGGUCUUAAGCCAUCCUACGAUGAAUUUACAAAAUAUCUGAUCACCGCGGAAUCGCACACGAUAGCGCUCAAAGCUCGUGGUGAAUUGACCACGGACACGAUUUUACUGUAUCUGUUAUCCACUAAAAUGGACGCUGUGACCGAAUUAAAAUGGCGCGAAAAAACUCAAGCACAAUGCAACUUAACGCUAUCAGAUCUGUUCAACUUUAUACAAGAUCAACGAUGCCUAGUCUUACCGUCGGGACAAAACUCGCGUAUCUACUCGAAAUCAUCGCCACCAAUCAAACCGAAGUGCAACGCGAAACAUCACACGUUGCUGCAAGAAGAUUCGCGGCCCAGUGCAAGUACCGCACAGGCAAACGUAGCUAGCUUAUCCGCGCAAACAGCAGCAAACGGUCUACUAUCAACCGCGAUAGUAGACGUCACCGACAAAUUCGGUCGUACACAUUCGUGCAGAGCUUUGAUCGAUCCGGGUUCGCAGUCUCACUUUCUGAGUAAACCUUUAGCUCAAAAGUUGCAGCUCGAUCGAAAAGAAGUAAACGUGCCGGUACAGGGUAUACACAGUAUGAGGAAGCUGAUACCAGAAUCUGUAACCAUCACG